AUGUACGUGAGUAAAGCCGAUGGCAAAGAUUGGAAGUACCCUCAGACGGAGCCCUAUGCCUCAGGUUUCUUGGAUGUAGAAAAUGGGACACACCGCGUGUUCUGGUCUGAGUAUGGCAAUCCAUGCGGUGAGCCUGUGAUCUGCGUACACGGUGGUCCUGGUGGUGGCAGUGAUGCAUUUGUGGCGCGCUUCUUCGACCCUAAGCGAUUCCGUGUGCUCAUGUUCGAUCAGCGUGGUUGUGGAAAAAGCUCGCCAUCUGCUUCAUCAAAUGACGUGGAUGCUGCUCUUAAAAACAACACGACUUCACAUCUCAUCGACGAUAUGAACAAGCUGCGUGUACAUCGUAAGAUUGACACCCCCAUGCAUGUGUUUGGCGGAAGCUGGGGUAGCACAUUAUCCCUUUCGUAUGCGAUCGCGUAUCCUAGCCAUGUACGCAGUUUAAUCCUUCGCGGCAUUUUUCUCUGUCGUAAGAAGGACCUGGACUUUUUUUACCAAGGCAACGCUGCCACAUUUGCACAAGAUCGCUUUGAUAUGUCAUUGCCCGGUGCAUAUAUGCAAUAUCCGGAGGCAUGGGAAAAAUUCGUCAAAGUUAUUCCAGAAAAUGAGCGGCAUGACAUGAUUGCUGCAUAUGAUCGUCUGUUCUCACGCUCGCCAAAAACACCUACUGACAUUGAAUAUCAGAACGAAGCUGCUCGUGCGUGGUCAAGCUGGGAAGGUAGUACAAGUUACCUGGCCCCGCACCCUGACUCGCUUGAUGAGUAUGAGAAACUUUCAUUUGCGAAAGCUUUUGCACGUAUCGAAAACCAUUAUUUCGUUAACGGCGCAUUCCUGGGCGGUAAAGGACGGUCGAAUCGCUCCCAAAAUUUUAUUCUUGAGAAUGUUCACCGCCUGUUGACUAUCCCUAUCCGCAUUGUGCACGGCCGCUUUGAUAAUGUCUGUCCCAUGUUUCAGGCAGAUGAGCUUGUAGACGCCCUUCGGCGAGCAGGACACGAAAGCGUUGAGCUUCGUCGCCCACCCGCAGGGCACAGCAUGACGGAACGGGAAAAUUGCCUUGCACUUACUGAUAUCAUCGAGCAGUUGUGA